GAGGGCGUGUAAUGCAGACGGCGGCUGCGAGUAGCAAUUCCGGACUCGCCUUCCCUCGCAGGUGUCUCAGUUCAAUGUCCGCAAACCAUGAGAACCCCAGUCAUCUACAUUAGCUAUUUCCACGCUCCUGUCUCUCUCUCUCUCUCACUCUCUCUCUCUCUCAUUACGAAAGAGGACAGAACCUUCUCUGCUCCAUUCUUCAAAAACCUUCUACAAGAUCCCUUCAUCGCCUCUACCCGACGUAACCCGAUCAUCUCCUUCAAUCCGUCACCGAUCUCUUGCAAGCUCUGCUUGGUAUGAUCAGGUUUCAUAGUGUGUCGGGAUAGAUGUCACCGAGAAAGCUUUCUAUGAUGGAGCUUAAAGCAGUUGAUGAUACUGAAGUGGCAAGCACUGAUCGGAGAAUGCGUUACGAUAUGUGGCCACUCGAAGAAGUGGAUCCGACAAAGGCGAGAUUUCCGUGCUGUAUAGUUUGGACUCCUCUCCCCAUAGUCUCAUGGUUAGCGCCUUUUAUUGGUCAUGUUGGCAUAUGCAGGGAGGAUGGAGCUGUCUUGGACUUCGCAGGGUCCAAUUUCGUGAGCGUAGAUAAUUUUGCAUUUGGUUCGGUAGCUAGAUAUCUUCAACUCGAUAGAGAAGAGUGCUGCUUUCCUCCAAAUUUGGGCGAGCACAGGUGCAGGCAUGGGUACAGACACGCUGAACAUGGGACAGCAAUCUCAUGGGAUGAUGCAUUACGGUCAAGCAUGCAACACUUCCAGCACAAAACAUACAACCUCUUUACCUGCAACUGCAACUCGUUUGUUGCCAACUGUCUGAACAGGCUUGCAUAUGGUGGGUCAUUGGGGUGGAAUGUCAUCAAUGCAGGGGCCUUGAUACUGUUGAAGGGGCGGUGGGUCGACGGCAUGUCAGUCAUCAGGUCGUUCUUCCCCUUUGUGGCAGUCGUGUGCCUGGGGGUCAGUAUGGUGGGAUGGGCCUUCCUCAUUGGGUUGGCAUCCUUCUCCCUUCUCCUUGUUGGGUGGUUCCUGUUGGGUACAUACUGUAUCAAGAGUCUGAUUGAAUGCGAUUAACUCUCUGAUUCAAUUGAUUGAAGAUGGACUGAAAAACCAAUGGCACAUCUAGUGACUGAGAUGGUUCGCGUUUUGCCACUGUUUGUAUCAGGUUAGUCUGUACUUUUUUUUUUCCCUCAAGAAAGACCUGUUUGCAGCCUAAAGCUGGGGCUCAUAAGGAAGCUGUCCCUACUGUAUUUUUAGAUGGAGUCAUGGACAUGGCUAAGAAUCUCACCAUUGUCAGUGGCUACCGACAUUUGCCUGCCGUUCACGCUCGUGGGACAACUUCAGAUGCAGUGUCCCAAUUCUGUUGUGUUGCUUACGGAUAUGCAAAUCUUUUGCCCCAUCAUUCCCUUCAGUGGGCGGCUGGCCCAUGGCCUGUGUCCUUUCCUAGUAAUUCAGUAAUACCAAGUAUUCUCAUUCGGCCA